CAAGAAGUCCCUUUAGACACUCACGCUGAAAGAAAUGGAAAGAUAUUCAUUAGCAGAGAAGAUUUAAAAAGGUCCCUGUAUUCAAACUGGUUCAGAUAACUUUUACCAGAGAAUCCUGGCAGGAUGAAGGGAUUCCCAAGUCUGAAAGCUUCUGGCUUGGCCCUGCUCCUGGCAGUUUCAUUCAUCUCCCACUCCUUCUGUGCUCCCCAGAGACUUUUUGAAAGAAGGAACUGGACUCCUCAAGCUAUUCUCUACCUCAAGGGGACUCAAGGACAGCAGUUCAUCUCAGAGGAGACCCGGAGGAAAGAUCUCUACAACAAACUACAACUGGAAAAGCGCAGCCAAAGCCUAAACUCAAUACCUAUUUCUGAAGCUGUAGCCAUGUUUUUUGACUCCCUGCAGAAACCACCAAAAGAAGCUAGAGAGGUAAACCUUGAUCAAUCAAGAUUCAUGGAAGAUAAUCUAUUAUACUGGAGAAAAUGAUCCAAGUUACUGAAAAUUUCCCUUAUAUUUCUGUCAAAGCCAUUAUUUAUU